AUGGCGCCGCCUGUACCGCUUUUAGCAGUCAGAGGGUCGGACGGUACGAGGCUCCUCGACGGUCCCCCGACCUACCAAGAGCACGCCGCCUUUCCCAGUUUUAAGGAGGUAUUUUUGCAGGACCCUCACCCGUGCCGGUGCCUGACAUUUAGCCGCGACGGUUCACUCUUGGCCUGGUGCAAUGGCAAAAGCGUGUCAGUGGCGCGGACGUCGGACGGUUCCUCGGUGGCCACCUUGGAGCUCCCCAAGACGACGCUGUUGGAAUUCUCGCCGCUGGGCAACGUUCUGGUCACCUGGCAGCCGUACACAAAAAGCGCCGACGCGGCCCAAGGCGAGCCCAACCUUCGGCUGUGGAAGCUCCCCGGCGCCGGCCCGCUAAAGGCUUUCUUUCAGAAGAAAGCGGAGGCCUGGUGUCCCAGCUGGUCCGCCGAUGAGAAAAUGGCCGUCAGGAUGGUCAGCAACGAGCUGCACUUCUUCGAGGACAACAAUUUCGACGUGAUCGCCAGCAAGCUUCUCGUGCUCAAAGUUUCCAACUUUGAGCUUUCGCCGGGGAGCCAUCCGGGCAAGGUUUGCGUGUACGUCCCGGGCAGCAAAGGAGGGCCGUCCUUGGUGCGCAUCUUCCAGUACCCGAACUGGGGCGCCGCGCUGGCCACCAAGAGUUUCUUCAAAGCGGACCGUGUCAGCAUGCUGUGGAACAACAAAGCGUCAGCCGCGCUGGUGACGGCGAGUACAGAGGUGGACAAGAGCGGAGCGUCCUACUAUGGCGAACAGACGCUGCACUACCUCAACGUCGGCGGAGAGACGGCGCUCGUGCAGCUGCCCAAGAACGGUCCCGUCUACGACGUGGCGUGGAGUCCUAACUCGAGCGAGUUCUGCGUGGUGUACGGCUUCAUGCCGGCAAAGGCCACCGUCUUCAACCUCAAGUGCGACGCCGUCUUCGACUUCGGGACCGGACCGCGGAACGCCGUCUACUACAGCCCCAAGGGUAACAUCCUGGUCCUCGCGGGAUUCGGGAAUCUCCGCGGCCACAUGGAAGUUUGGGAUGCCAAGAAGUACAAACAGGUGUCGAAAUUGCAAGCGGAAAACUCCACGCACUUUUCCUGGUGUCCGGACGGCGAGCACGUGCUGACGGCCACGUGCUCGCCGCGCCUGCGCGUGGGCAACGGCUUCCAGGUGCGCCACUACUCGGGCGGCGUGGCGCACGCUCACGAGACGCCCGAUGGCGCGGAGCUGUGGGAGGCUCGCUGGCAGCCCUUCCCCGAGGGGACAUUCCCCGAGCGGCCGGUGGCGAGUGCCCGGCCCGGCGGCGAGCCGGCCGCCACCCCCGCCCUGGCCUACCGGCCGCCCGCCCUCAGACACCUCCCGGCCGCGCCCACUUCAAAGCUGCACGAGGAAGAAGCGCCUCAGAACGCGCGCGGUCCCGACAAGAUUCUGUCUAAAGCGGCGCUGAAGAAUCAGAAGAAACGAGAAGCGCGAAAAGCCGCCAAGCAGGAGAACAAGCCCGAGGCGGAGCCUCCCUCGGACCCCGCGCCCGUCGCCCGACCGUCGGAGACCGGCGGCGACCCCGAAACAGACAAGAAAAUCAAGAACGUCAAGAAGAAGUUGAAAGCCAUCGAGGAGCUGAAGGAGCAACAAGCGGCGGGGAAAGUUCUGCAGAAGAACCAGCUGGAAAAGAUGCAGAAGGAGGAGCAGCUGCUGGAUGAGCUGAAACACUUGGAGCUGCACUCGCUUUGA